AUGGCAACUGUGGCUAUGGAGGUACAGGGGGCGCUNGGAGAAGAAUUCACUGAUGCCAUCUUGUUCAGGGAUCACAAGGUGAAGCACCGUCACCCCCAUGAGUGUGCCAAAUGUGGCAAGGGGUUCGCCAGGAAGUUCUCCCACUUGGAGCAUGAGAAAACGUGCACUGGAAAAGAAGGUGCUGUAAACUGCACAGUGUGCAACAGAACGCUCUCAGACCCACGCUAUCUGGAUCGCCACAUGCAGACACACGAGGAGCCGAACUACGAGUGCGAGUUCUGUGGGAAGAGCUUCUAUCGCAAGGAUUACCUAAACAACCACACAUGUCGCAGGCCAGAUGGGUCGGUGGUCAGGAUGAAAUACUCAGUCAGGAAAGGAGUAGCCGAAAUGGAGGACAAAUAUGUUUGCUACCUAUGUGGAAAAACCUACAUUAGCAAGAGCAAUCUUAACAAGCAUCUUAAAACCCAUGGCGACAAGCAUUUCUCCUGCGAUGUCUGCCACAAAAAAUUCCACAUACGCCACCAGAUGUUGGAGCACAAAAAUGCUGUGCACACUAAGGAGCGCAAGUUUCAGUGUAACGAGUGCGGAAAGCUGCUGAAGACAAGGCUCACACUCUACGCCCACAAGAAACAGUUUCAUGGCGCAAUCACAAAAGUGUUCGCGUGUCAAACCUGUGGGAAGAUAUUCCGUCAGAAAGGGAAUUUGAUGAAGCACAUGCUAAUGCACGAUCCCAAGAAGCACUUCAACUGUAACUACUGCCAGGCUUCGUUCAAAUACCCAGAGCAACUGUACAGGCACACGCUUGAACAUACGCAGGGCAAGAAACAUGCGUGUGAUCACUGCACCAAGAAGUUCGUGUUGCCGCAUGAGCUGAAGAAGCACGUCCUGGAGUUUCACAGCGGAAUGAUGUAUGUGUGCAGCCUUUGCUCGGAGAUGUGUCGAUAUCGCCACACACUACGACGCCAUAUCCAACGGAAACAUCCAGGCAAUGUGGGAAUGCUACAGGACCCCAACUUCCUGCACACCCUGUUAAAGAAGGUGGACCAGCCUGAUGAGCCCAGGAUCCAGAGCAGCACCAUCUCAGCUGGCAGGGCAGGAGGGAGUGUGGUAGAGAAGCCACCUCAGCACAUUCUGGUCCAGAUUCAGGAUCCCAACCAGCAAACCAGACUGGUGGAGGUCCAGGGAGGACAGAAUAUUGAGGACGGCACAUCCCAGGUGAUAUUUGGAGAGCUUGGCGAGGGUCCAACUGGCCGUACCAUCAUACAGAUGCCUGAUGGGAGGCAGAUAGAACUCACAGACAACACAGAGGUAAUCCACAUUCAACAAGGAGGCGAGCAGGGUGCAGGGGAUGCCAUCCCAACAACCGCUGCUGCAACCACAGGUGACCAGCUUGUCAUGGAGAACCUCUCCAGUGAUGUCGUAGAGGCCCUCCAGACCGCCCAAGCUCUGCAGUCUCUGUCCAGCAGCAUAGAUGGCGCCACCAGCAAAAGCAUCAACUUGGCGGACUUAGCGUCUCAAAUUGCUGCUUCUCAGAUUCUUGCCACGGGAACUACAGGAAACCAAAUGAUUUCUACUACAGCACCUUCUGAUGAGGGGACGGCCGCAGGUGACCAGGGACAGUAUCUGUUAGUGCCGCUGGAUUAUGAGCAAGAACAGCAUGCAGAACAGGGGCCUGUGCCACCUGUUGGUGAGCAGACAGAUCUGUAGAUGGUGCUGUUUAACCUUUCAAGAGGAGCUUUAGAAAAGAGAAAAAAAUGAACAGCCCAAAAAAAAAAUAAAUAAAUAAAAUGGAGGAUCAAGCUGUUUUUCAAACUUUGCUCUGCUGAAUUGAUGACUGCUGCAACUGGCCAAAGGCAGAAAUAUAUUGUUUGAAGCAAGUCUUAGUGUAGGGAAACUGUUAUAGAACCCAGGUCUCACUAAAGUAAAGACAAAACUCCAUGAUUCUCUUCCUUGAAUUAAUCUCAUGUUUUUAAUAUUAGAGUUUAAAUUGAAUGGCAGCAUAUGGGUGUGAUCAAAGCAAAAUUAAAUAUAUCUCAGAGUUCAGUCUUUGAUGCAAAUAAUGAAAAGCAUUGCUUUUAAUUAACUGAACUGUUACUUUUAGUAACUUACAUGAAGUAGUUGUGGUUAGUGUUGAUUUUUGUGUGAUGUUUUUUCAGAUUUUACUUCUGCUGUUUUGUAUAAUUGUUAGUAAAUGUUUGUUUUUGCAGGAAAAACUUGAAUAUAGUGAGAACAAUGCUUAUGUAUUCGUACAAAUAAAAACACCAAAAAUUCUUUGUAAGAUUAUUAUGAAUGUUAUUAUUGUAGUUUUUUAACUGUUCGUCUGACCUCUUCCAUAAGCAGUUGCCCAAAAAAAUUAGCUGAAUCAUUUAUUUGAUACACUAGACUUAGCAUAAUUUAACAUAAUCACUCUGGAAAUG